UAAUAGCCUCCACAAUAUAGAAGCGAAAAUAAAAUCUUUAGAACUGUAUGACAACGUAGUAGAUAGCUUACUAUUUGGAUUUAAUUAUAAACAGAAGGCAUUGGAUAACGAAAUUAAAGCAGCUGAAAAAAAAAUUAGUAUAUCGGUUUCCAACAGAAGUCAUAUCGAAAGUGAUCUCGCUGCUGUUAAAAUGAAAACAAAACAUUUUGAAGAAAUUCUCGCAGAUACAAAUGCUACAAUCAAUCUCUUGUUAUCGAGAGUAAGUGAUGACGGUACUAACACGGCGAAUAUUACAAGUAUUGACAACAAAAUUGACGAAUUAAUCCACUCAUUAAAUAUUUCAACUAGGAACUACUGUGAUAGGAAAAUUGCCACAUGGAAAACGUUGUUACUAGGAGAAGUUACAAAUACAAAUAAAAUGAUAAACUUUAACAAAGUAAACAUUAACAACAAUGGAGAUGAACUUUCAAGACAAUCUCAUUUCAUUAAAUUCAAUCUAACGGAAACCAUUCGAAAUGUAAAAUCAAAAUUGAAUAAGGAGAUCCAGACUCUGACCGAAAUGCAUAAUAAAAACUCACAAGUUAUCAUGAAUAACAUAGAACAGCUUAAAAUCAAUGAGAACCAAAUAAAACAGAACUUGACAAAAUCAAUAAAACGUUUGUCAUUAGAAUGUAACCAAAGCGUAACAGAAAUUGAUGCAAAAUUAGAAAGCAAAAUAAUGGCCGUGAAUACAUCAUGCCUUUCAAGUUCACAAAAAUUAAACGGUAGAAUGCAGGCACUUAACGCAAAAUUGGUGGAAAUAAAUGACAAUUUAACACGAUCAGUCGACGAAACUGGUAAAGUUAGCAACAACACAAUAGCCUCUGUUUCGAUGGAAUUGGAGCUGACAUUACAAUCUCUUGAACAGAGACAAAACAAAAGUUUACAGGAAAUCGAAGAAAAAACUGAACAACAGAAAUAUAUUUCAAGUUCAAUAAAAACAAACCUAACAGAAGAAAUAGUUCAAUUAAAAUCGUCACUUCGUCGUAAGAUAGGUAACGUUCAAACCGAAGUGAAAAAUGAAAUCGUGAGUAUUGAAGAACAUUAUAACUCAACCAUCGGAAAUGCUUUGACAAAGAUAAGCGAAUUAGAGAAAAUGCAAAAUACGCAUUGUGAUGUUCUUGAAAAGCAUAUAGCUCAAGUUUCCGAAAUGAGCUUGAAUAACUUUACUAGCUUAGAGAAUAAGCUUGAAGUCAGAAUAGAAAUGCUGAAUCAAGAGUUUAAUAGUACUGUUAGUAAAUUUAAUCCUGAUCUAUAUACAGGACUUUCUGCAACCUUUGAGUCGCAGAUUAAUCAGACUCUUGAUGCAAUUGAAGCAGUUACGGAGAAAAACAUUUCCAGAAUCGAAACGCAGGUGAUGAGAGACACUAUCCAACUAGCAAGUGUAAAUGACAGAAUUACCCAGAAUUCACGUACUGUUGCAACUAUAUGGCAGGAGCUGAGUACACUGAAAAACAGUCACAAGAAAGAUGUGAGCGAUUUAAUGGCAGCAUACUCUCAAAAUAUAUCAUCUGUUGAAACAGAGUUUAAAACGGCGAUUUCAAACAUAAUGAAAAACGAAAAUAUGAAUAUACAUAGCUUCAUAGCUGGAUUAGGGAGCCUUAAACACCAAUUCGAAGAGUUGCAGAGAAACUUCUCUGAGGCUAUGCAUCCGGUGUUGCAGAAUAGUUUGAAAGGCAAAGUUGCCAUGACAACCUGUGUGUCAGGAAACAAAGCAUACACUGGUAGUUCCGUUAUACCAUUCAGUAAUAUCAAAACUUCAUACGGAAUCGACAAUUUUGGAGAUUUCAACACAACAGGAAAAUUCACAUCCCAAGGUCCAGGAUUAUACUUGAUAUCUGCUCAAAUCAUGUCGUAUUCGAAAGGUGCCGAAUACAAAAUAAGCAAAAACGGAAAAGAAAUAAUUCGAGUAGAAGUUGGACCAUACCAUGACGAUGAUACCCAUAACUAUCAUACCGGUACGGGCGUAGCAGUUGUCGCCCUUGAUUUACACGAUAAAGUGUGGAUUGAAGUGUUAGAAAGUGUAACUAGCAUGUAUGUCUUUGGUGCCGAAUCGUGUCUCACUGUUAUCAAAUUGAACUAGAGCUUCGACCUAAAAUACACAUCAGAAAAUGGACACCGUUAACCUAAAUUUUAGAUUUAUACUGGAUGAUUGGCAUGCACAAAAUUAGACAAUAAAGUUCCGUUAAAAGAGGCUGGCAAGAACAGUCGAAACUCUCUGGGGUUAAUAUUUAACUCAAUUAUAUAUGAGAGAGUUUGAAUACAUGCAAAAUCUUCUUUAUGCGCAAUAUGUAAUUUCUUUUAUAGUUUCUCUUGUGUGUUUUUUUUUAUUCCUCAUGAUAGAAAUAUAUAGUUAACUAGUACCUCCGUAGAAAAAGACAUACUAUUGUUGUGUACCCUUGCAAUCAAAGCAUGAUAGUCAAAACGUACUUACAAGGGGUAAAUACUAAUUGUUAACAAAACAAACACAAAAAAAAAUAAAAAUAAAAAUUC